AUGAACACUACGCACUCGAGAGACAGAAAUGACAAGAGUGAUGGCCCGCUCGAACCGUUUGACGAGGUUGAGGAAGUCCUCAAGACAGCCCCUCAGGCCCGCGACUAUUCGGGUGCCUAUGAGAAGACGGACCUAAGAGAGAUCGCGCUUGUUAAGAAGCUAGAUUGGUGGAUCAUGCCUAUACUGUGGUUGAUGUACUGGCUCAAUUAUCUGGACCGCAACGCCAUCGCCCUAGCCCGCCUCAACACAAUUGAAAAGGAUCUGAAACUGACAGGCAACCAAUAUCAAACCUGUGUAUCUAUUCUCUUCGCAGGCUAUGUCAUUGUUGGCAUUCCAGCCAAUAUGGUUGUUACUCGUGUAAGGCCGAGUAUCUGGAUGGCAUCAUGCAUGACUGUUUGGGCCAUCAUCAGCGGCCUCACAGCACUCAGCCGAAACUACACCGGCUUGCUACUUACGCGAUUCUUCCUUGGCAUUACAGAGGCGCCUUAUUACCCUGGUGCAUUGUAUAUCCUUGCGCGAUUCUACACACGAAAAGAACUUGCGACACGUAUCUCUAUUCUGUAUACAGGCAACAUUCUUGCCACUGCGUUUGCUGGGCUAAUUGCACUGGGUAUCUUCGAGAUGGACGGAAUGGCCAAUCUGGCAGGAUGGCAAUGGCUCUUCAUAAUUCAAGGCGCAGUGACUCUCGUGGUUGCCAUAGCGGGUUUCUUCGUCCUGCCUGACGAACCUCUGACCACUCACUGGCUCACGCCGGAAGAACAAAAACUAGCCCACGAACGCACUCAGCGCGACACUGUGGGGAACUCAGGCGAGUCCACUAGCUGGUCGGGUAUUAUCUCUGCUGCCAAAGAUCCCAAAGUGUGGUUAUUUGUGGUGAUGCAGCAUUGUCAUCUCGGAGCAAACGGGUUCAAGAAUUUCUUCCCGACAGCCGUCAAGACACUUGGGUUUAACCAGACUAUUACACUUGUGUUGACCUGUCCACCAUAUCUGAUUGCUGGUGUGAUCUCAAUUGCUUGGUCCUGGUCAUCGGGGCGGUUCAAUGAGAGAACAUGGCACAUUACUAUUGCGAAGGCUGUUGCGGUAUUUGGCUUCAUUCUUGGAUGUGCUACUCUCAAUACAGGUGCUCGAUACUUUGCCAUGUGUGUCUUCUCCAUCGGUACCUACGCGGUCAACAGUAUCAUCCUCGGCUGGGUAUCCGCCACCUGCUCCCAGACCAGGGAAAAGAAAGCAUGCUCACUCGCUAUUGUCAACUGCAUUGCGGUUGCUUCUUUUAUCUGGACGCCCUACAUGUGGCCUUCAUCCGACGAGCCUCGAUACACUAUGGCCAUGUCUUCGAGCGCGGCGCUGAGUGUAGCGACUGCAAUUGGGGCUUGGGCAAUGAGAUUCUGGCUGAUCAAGGACAACAAGAAGAUCAGGCAGUCGGAAAACGAGAGCACUCUGUACUACGCUUAUUAG